AUGCGGUCUCGGCUCUACGACGACGGCAAGAAGCUCACGGCGUUCCUCCGGCACACGGCCCCAGUCGACGUCAACGGCUACAUAGCCGUGGAAGAGCUGCUUCGGUUCAGGAGGUUCGAGGGCUGGACCUCCGUCAGGGUGAGAGAGGCGGUAGCGGCCUCCAACAAGAACCGGUUCAACCUAAGGACGUCGCAAGGUGUCGAGCAGGUCGCUGCCUGGUCGGGGCACACCAUACGAGGUGUGCUGGGGCCAGCCCAACACGUCGAGGCGGGUUCCCUGCCCGGCGUCCUGGUGCAUGGAACCUACAGCAGCUACGUGCCGAGCAUCCAAGCGGAAGGCUUGGUACCGACGCGGAGGUCGAUUCACUUGCUGGAUCCCAAGCACCCUCACCGCAAGUGGCGGCCCGACCUUGAGGUAGCCAUUUUGAUCGACGCUUGCAAGGCGCAGGCUGAGAAUCACGUGUCCUUUAGGCUCACUGGGAAUGGGAUCUACCUGGCCGACCAUGCUCUGCCAUCCGAGCUGUUUCUUGCCAUUCUACCUUGGAGCGAGUUCGAAGCGAGCCUCGCCCCAGGGUCAGGGUUUGACUGGGCAGAGCAUGCUGGAGGUGGAUCCACGUCUCCGGUCGUCACCUCGGCCCCGGGCUUUCCUCAGCAGCGGGCUGCGGGCCCGCCGCCACAACGGCCAGCCGGGCCAGCGAGCUUCCCGCCCGCCAGGGACCCCACGCGGAGCAGCUUCCCACCGGCAAGGGACCCGACUAAGAGCAGCUUUCCGCCGGCCCGAAGCUCGGCGCCUAGUCACUCACAGCCUGUGGUGCUGACGCCAGCUCCGGCCCAAGCCUCAGAGGAACCCUCGAGCGGGUCACGAGACCCAGCGCCUCUUCCGGAAGAGGCAAUGGUCACCACCGACCACGAGACCGCUGCAGAGGCCAUCGAGGUCAGUGAGGACGAAGCAGGUCUCCCGCUGAAUGCCGAGACGGCCACCCCGGGCCCCGUCGAGAGCCUGGCUGCCGUCGCUAAGGCGCUUGACCCGGUCACCGCCAGCCAGGGGACUACUACGGUUUUUGUAAAGCUAGCGACCUUUGAGGUCCUUCAAUCGGCGGGCGACGAUGAACCGGAUUGGUCCGCGGACGAGGAAGAGCCGGUCAUCGUCCAAGCGAUCCCGGCGGGCGAAGACCAGACUGAGGCAGGCCACCGGGAGGAUGAGGCUUCUCCGCGGCGCGUUUCGCGCCCGGAGCUUGCUUCUUCCUCAAGUGCGCGAGCCGCUUCUGUCUCGCGCGCCGGAGAGGCUGGAGAGCUGACGAGCCGGACGGCCACUCGAACGCGUUCGGAGUCUCCGAAGGUCCGCUUUGGAACGGCACACCUCCAGCUGAUCCGGGAAAUCGCCCAGGCCGACUCCGCGAACUUCAAGAGCCUUAAGAAGGUCGUCGAAGGGAGCAAUGUGUCGGCCCUGACUAAGAGCCAAACCCUGGACCGCCUGGAGCAGCUAGCUUACCAGCGUGGGGUGGCCUCGCUCGAGGGGAAGAUACGGGCUAUCGACGUCCAACGAGACGUCGCCCAGCGAGCCCGUACAGAGGCGGCGUACUUGGAGUCCCUCACUCCCGAAAUGAGGGCCUUGGAACAGAACAACUCAGUGCGACCUUCCGCCGGUGCCUCGAAAACCUCAGAUGCGCGGAUGCAACAGGCCAUUGCAGCAGGGGGGUCCGUCUGGGUCGAGCGCCGCAAACAAAAAGGCCGCGAACGGGCCGCUCGACACAGAGAGGCUCAAGCGGCGCAGGCGGCUGAAGAAAGGGCGGCGGUCACAAGCGUGAUCGCGGACUUGCCAGUCGACCAAAGAGGGCCAGCCCUAGAUGCCGAAAUGGACAGGCGGGCCCGCGAGGAACUCACUGAGUUUCGACGAAUGCUUCGCGAAGAAGCGAGAGCGGCUCGGCCCCACGACCCGAAGCCCAGGCAGAAAGACUCCAAACGCCGAGCCGCGCUCAAAUGGCAAAGAUGGCGCCAGAGGCGCUCUACCGAUGACAUGGACCGCGAUACCAACCAUGCUAUCGCGCACCUGGCCGACCGGGGUGAAGAAGGCCCUGCCCCCGCGGCGCGUUUCGCGCCCGGGGAAGACCCGGUGGACUGCGCCAUGCAUCGGGGCGACGGCGACACCCGCAGCUGUCCUAGUGCUGCUGGACGUGGGGACGGGCAUUUCGGCCGCUGCGCCGACGCUGCCGGCUUAAGGGAAGCCUGGGACCCCUGGGGAGCCCCCUCCUCGUGGACCGCUACCCGCUGCUCACUCUUGUCGUCGCGGCCCCUCAUAAGGGCUGUGGCAACCUGGGGCCGCCUGUUAAUCCUGCAGAGCUUGCUUCUCGGUGUGGAGGCUCAAGGCCGUUCAGGAGCCGUGGCACGUUUCGUGCCCGGCUACGAAGAAGCCUAUUACACCUGCCUCUGCAUCGUUUUAUGCAUUCUCGCAGGGCUUAGCACUUGGGGUGUGGCGACGAUCUAG